AGCAGGUCUAGGCUUUUUCUAAGUAAAUGUUAUUGAAUGCGAUCAUCCUUCUCCCAUAUUCCCGAUGGGCCACGUGCCCAAUUGAAGGGUCCCGCGUCACACACACACGCCUGUAGCCAGCUGCAUUUAAAGAACAAUGUACUCACCUACUGUCAUUGCAGAUAACACCGCAUACCACACUGAUGAAUAGCAGCACGGGCACUGUUGACUUCAAAGUCGGUGACGAGACGUACCAAACCUGGUACAACAUCGUUGGUGACCUCAAGUCGAGCAAACGGCCACUCGUUACGCUUCAUGGAGGUCCCGGGAUGUCUCAUAUCUAUAUGAUAUCGCACACCGAGAUUCAUUCUCUCUAUGGCAUCCCAGUCAUCUUCUAUGAUCAGCUCGGCAUCGGAAAAUCUACUCAUCUUCGUAACAAACCUGCUGAAUUCUGGACCCCAGAAUUAUUCAUGGAUCAACUCGACAGCCUUCUCGUGCAGCUCGGUAUCGCAAGCGACUAUGACCUUCUAGGGCAUUCAUGGGGAGGGAUGCUGGCCGCUGAUUAUGUCGCCCAGCGUCAACCUCCUGGACUUCAUCGGCUAGUCCUAUCCGGCUCCCCACCCUCCAAUCAACUAUGGGAAGAGAGUAUGCGGGGACAUCUAGAAGCUUUCCCGGGCGAGUUCAAGGAGAUGGUGUUGAAACAUGAGAGAGAAGGCACAUUCUCAUCACCGGAGUACCAAGCAGCCAUACAAACUUUUAUGAACAAGCACACAUGCCAGACGAUACCCUGGCCUGACGAGCUAAAUGCUGCGUUCGCUUCCGUGGAAGAAGACCCCACUGUGUCGAAUGCCAUGUAAGUACACCAACCUCUUGAAGAGGACCCUGAACUGAAUCCUGAAACUUAGGUUGGGGCCCGCACAGUUCCACUCGACUGGUUCAUUGAGAACUUGGUCUGUGAUUGACCGUAUCCAUCGUAUUUCAUGCCCAACACUCGUCACGAACGGGCCAGAAGAGGGAGCUCAGGACUAUGUGAUUGCUCCUUU